AUGAAAGAACAUUCUCAUCAACGUACAUCUUCUCCAGCUGCAACAUCACGUGUAACGGAACUCUCCACUAAUACAGCGUCACGUGACUACAGCUGGGAGACAAACACACCUGCGCACAGUCCUCAUCAAACGCCCUCUCGUUUAGCACCGCCUGAUCCAACGGGGCUGGCCGUUUGCCAAGAACCUGGUCACAAGGAAGAACAGUCAGCAAUGCCUAACACAUCGCCAACGAAGAGAUUACCCUUUCAGCGUACGUCUUCUCCAAUCAGAGCACACCCUUGUCCAGCGGAACCUAUUGCCAGCAUCAAGAAUGAAUCGGAGGGUACUCUGUGGGAGCGUCGUCCUCGCACAUCUUCUCUAUCAGCACCAUCACGCCCAUCGCAUUUGACAAUAAGUAAAUCCACGUAUGAACAAUCAUUCCAUCCCGAAACCUCUUCAACCCCACUCUGCAGCCGUCCCCCGAAACCUCCUCCAAAGGUCUCCCCAGACAAACCACCGCCACGUCCACCAAAACCCCUAAAGCUUCAAUCGACCAGUCAUAAUAUUUCCCCCGAAGGAAAAUCCCCCACGAAUGACGCGCAACCUGCUGAAUGUAGUGAUGAGCCGCCAGCUCUCCCUCCAAGGGGUAGACCACCCAGACAACCGACUGACAAACCACCAGAAAGACCACCAAAGUCAUGGGUCAUGGCUGUGCCCAGAGAGAGUGCCAACCCACCGCCCCUGCCCCCGAGGACACGCCGGUCUCAGUCUGCUGACAGUGUGUUCCGGAAACGGGAGGCAUCCCCAGGGAAGGGGGAACAGAGAAGGCCUGCUUCAGAGGGUGAAAGUCAGAAACUGAUCAUGGAGGUUCUUGUGUGA